UAACAUCAUCAUGGAGAAGAUUCGUGUUAGCAAGGUGGAAAACGUCAAACUAUGGCGCAGAGGUCAACCUUACACGGGAGCAUUGCAUGUCAUGCCCCACCAUCUUGUCUUCAGUGCCUCCCCACCACCCACCACUUCCACAUCGGCGAAGCCGCAGCGAGCGAAAGAAGUAUGGAUAACAUAUCCUAUGAUCUCGCACUGCUCCCUACGACCCUCCCCGACCUCGCACAUGCAACCGACCCUCCGCCUUCGCUGUCGCGAUUUCACCUUCUACGGCUUCGAGUUCCAAGACGACAAACAAGCACGCGACGUUUACGAUAGCAUACGUUCGUUAUCAUGCAAACUAGGUCGCUUAGACAAGCUACAGGCUUUCAGUUACAAGCCAAAGUCCCCCGAAAACGAGCUCGACGGUUGGCAGAUCUACGAUCCUCGUCGGGAGUGGAAGCGCUUGGGCAUCAGCCCAAAAGACACCGAGAAGGGCUGGCGCAUAUCCGAGAUAAAUGUAGAAUACAAGUACUCACAAACAUACCCUGCCCUCAUCGUCGUUCCCACAAAGGUAUCCGAUAGUGUACUUAGAUACGCAGGAGAAUACCGCUCGCGGCAGCGAAUACCCGCUCUUGUAUACCGGCAUCCUGUGAACAACUGCUCCAUAACUCGCAGCUCUCAGCCGACACCGGGGAUCAGUGGUAAACGGAAUCCGCAGGAUGAAAGGCUUGUGGCUGCCAUUUUCGCAACCAACCGAGGAUGGCGAGCGUCACAAAACCCCGGAUCCACAACCACGGGUUCAACGCCGGAAUCGAGUAUGGUCAACUUGAACGAGUCAGCUGCCGAUAGUUCGUUCGUGGGAGUUGAUGAUACAGAGGCUGUCAACUCUGGGCGGAUCACCGCAGAUGAUCUCACAGGGUCGACAGAGACGGAUCCUGAGGCCCCCAAGAUCUAUGGUGCUCAACAGCGCAAUUUGAUCGUCGAUGCUAGACCUACUGUGAACGCGAUUGCUAUGCAAGCGAUCGGGUUAGGUUCAGAGGACAUGAAAUAUUACCCAAACGCAGAGAAGGCCUAUCUAGGAAUCGACAACAUACAUGUGAUGAGGAAAUCGCUCGAUCAGGUGGUCGAGGCUUUGAAAGACAGCGAUAUGGCAGAUCUACCACCUAACAGACAACUUCUUGCAAGCAGCAAAUGGACGAAGCAUAUCAGCAAUAUUUUGGAUGGCACGGCUCUCAUUGCUCGGACAGUAGGAAUAAUGCAUUCACACGUGCUGAUUCACUGUUCAGACGGUUGGGAUCGGACAAGCCAGCUCAGUGCCCUAAGUCAGAUAUGUCUGGACCCUUACUACCGGACUCUCGAAGGGUUCAUCGUUUUGAUUGAGAAAGACUGGCUGUCAUUCGGCCACAUGUUCCGCCAUCGAUCCGGGUUCCUCAGUAGUGAUAAAUGGUUCCAGAUUGAGAACGAGCGGAUAGAGCGAAAUCGCAACGCCUCUGGCGGCGGAGGCGGCUUUGGCGACGUGCUCCGAGGUGCUCGCGGACUCUGGAGUCGACCUAACGACUCUACAGAGUCCCUUGACCAGGAUACUAAUGGUACAGACAUACAGAACGCUUCCGACAUAACCUCGACGACUGACGCUGUCCACCCAACAUUAUCCUCCUCCAAGAUUGGGGCUGCCGAAGAGCAUCGCGAAACAAAAGUUAACGAGUUGUCACCUGUGUUUCACCAAUUCCUUGAUGCUACAUAUCAGCUUCUCUAUCAACAUCCCACCCGGUUUGAGUUCAAUGAACGCUUUCUGCGACGUUUAUUCUAUCACCUAUACUCUUGUCAAUACGGUACUUUCUUGUUUGAUAAUGAAAAAGAGCGCUCAGAAUCUCGAGCAGCAGAGCGGACUCGCUCCGUUUGGGAUUACUUCCUCUGCCGCAAGGAGGAAUUCUCUAACAAGAACUACGACCCUGUCGUCGACGACAGCAUCCGAGGCAAAGAACGCAUCAUCUUCCCCAAGAAGAAAGAAGCACGCUGGUGGUCCGAGUUCUUCGGCCGCUCCGACGAGGAAAUGAAUUCUCCAGCUCUAUCUCCUACAUACCCCAUCUCGCAAUCUCGCAGCCCACGACCUAGCCACAGCGGCACCUCGACGCCCAUCCCUCAGGAGCCCAUCGUCACGGGAACAGAGACAGCCGAGGGUGCUACGGGUGCGGGUACCACCGCGCAAAUUACCCCUAUGCCCCCCACACACGCCUUAUCCGGGGACAAUCCGUCUGCUGGGAAUAACGGCAACAACGGAAUGAAUGGUCCUUCACCAUUGGAUGCUGCCGCGGCGUUUAGUCGCGACUUGGGACAAAAUCUCAAAGCUGGCAUCGCCAAUCUCAAUCUCGGCAUCGGCGGCAACAGUAACAGCCAGCAUCGUCAGCGUGCUGCUGGUGACAAGAGUCGCAGCCGCAGUCGCAGUACGGAGCUUCGCAAAGAAGUCGAAGUCGAGAUGCAGUAG